ACAGGAAGCCCAGUAUACAAAGAGAAAAGAAGAGAAGGAUAGGCGUAGCAUUUUUUGUAGUUUUAUGUGAUUUUUGGCUUUUGAUUCAAGAGAAAUGUCUUGGAAUCCACAUCGAGGAUCUCAACCAGCUUAUAACCCCAGUUUYGGAGGCCAACAACAGCAUGGUAGGGGACAAUAUCAACAGCAGUAUGGGGGCCAACAAUAUGGACAAUAUGGUCCCCCACCUACUUUCCCUGGGUAUGGUGGUGCACCACCCCAAGGCCCUCCCCCUGGGGUUGAUAUGGUAUUAUGGCAAUGGUUUCAAUCAGUUGAUGAAGACAGAUCAGGUAAAAUUACUGCAAGAGAACUGCAACAAGCCCUUCAUAACUCAAACUGGUCCCAUUUUAAUGAGGAGACCUGCAGACUGAUGAUUGGUAUGUUUGAUAAGGACAAGUCAGGGACAAUAGAUAUUUAUGAAUUUGCAGCAUUGUGGCAGUAUGUACAACAAUGGAAAAACUGCUUCGAUAGCUUUGAUUUGGACAGGUCUGGAACAAUYGAUGCAAGAGAAUUGAACAAUGCUUUCUCUACUUUUGGAUACAGAUUAACUCCCCAGUUUUGCAAUUUAUGUGUACAAAAAUUUGAUCGACAAGACUCAAGAACAAUGAAGUUUGAUGAUUUUAUUCAGUGCUGUGUGACCCUCAAGUCUCUUACUGAUGCCUUCAGGGCUCAUGAUUCCAACCAAUCARGAUCAAUCACGAUAAACUAUGAGCAGUUUCUUGAGAUGGUGCUUGAUCACACACUUACAGGACUUUAAGAGAWGCUGAUACAAGUUUUUGAUGUUGUCUAGACAACCCCAGGGUCACUUACUGAACUUUAAGAGAAGCUGAUACAAGUGAUGUUGCCUAGACAACCCCAGGGUCACUUACUGGACUUUGAGAGAAGCUGAUACAAGUGAUUAAUGUUGCCUAGACAAUUCAGGGUCACCUACAGGACUAACCAGUGAUAAACAAGGAAAAAUUAUAGGGACUUUUCUUUCUGACUUUCAUUGAUGUUGCCUAGACAACUUAGGAUCACAUUAAACAGGCCAUUUCUUUUAAAUAACUGUGCAGUUCCAGAAAAUAGCCAUACAGUGCCUCCUACAUGUAGAGAAGAUUGAGCCCCUCAGCUGAGACAUCCUGUAUUUGAAUUACACUGCCUAGAAAUUCCAACUAAUUGCAGCAAAAGUAUGGAUAUAGUCUUGACUGCCUAAAGGUUUUCAUCAAUUAUAAAUUGAGUAGCGACUACACUGUAGCUUUAGGAGUACAGUCACAAUUUUCCUCACACAAAAUCCAUCACCCUUGCCUUCCCCCCAAGAAACUUGUGUUUGACGUAGCUAAUGAUUAUCUUAAUGACAAUGAUGAUAACAUUUGACUGGUUUCGUAUUCGCAACUUUGAGGCUAGCGAGGAGAUUGAGUCCCUGAGCUGGGACAUCCCAUAAUUAGAUUGCAUUCCCUAGAAUUUCCAACUAAUUGCAAUAGCAGCGUAAAUUCAACAGCUUGUAAUCCUUCACUGCYCAUCAAAACUGUUGUGUUUAUACAAAGUGCCCCUCAAAAAUUAACCAGUAAAAAGAGAGAUUGAUUGAAA